AUGGGUCUAAUGGAGAAACUGUCUUCGUGGCUCGGAGGGCCAGCUGCAGGCAGGGAGAUUACGAUCCUGGUGCUAGGUUUGGACCACAGCGGGAAGACGUCCCUCCUUAACGCCUUGCGUCCACCUGACCGGAGAGUCACCUCGGAGCCGACACUCGCGCCCAGACAGGACAACUUUACAUUUGGCGGAUUAUCAGUGGUGGCCGUGGAAGCGGGUGGAGCUCGGCGAGUGCGGGCACUGUGGGAGCGCCAGUACGCAGCAGCGAGCGGAGUGCUGUGGGUGGUGGAUGCGGCUGACGCUCUCCGACUUGCGGUUGCCCGCGAUGAGAUGCAGCUCAUGCUGGAGCACCCGGCUAUGCGCGCGCGGCGACUACCGCUGCUGGUCUGUGCCAACAAGGCUGAUCUUCCGCACGCCCUGCCACCCACCCAAGUCGCUGCCGCACUGGGUUUGGAGCGCGUGACAGAUAAGCCAUGGCACGUGUGUGCCACAAGCGCGGUUUCCGGCGCGGGUCUCACCGACGGCCUCGCCUGGCUGACCCGCCAACUCAGAGACCUCCACACCGACCACUGA